CUUCAAAGGCAUUCAUAUUCACAACAUGUUCUUGAAGCUUCUCAUUCCUAAUUUGUUUUGCAUAUUUAGAGUAAGCAAAAAUUUAAAUCGUAGAUAUUACAUAACAAGUCCAAUUCUACUAACAGUCGUGUUAGAGAUAAAAGCAUAACUUUUCGAAUAAUCUUAACGCUAAAAAAGCCAACUUAAUUUCAAGAAUGAAGUGUUUUAUCGUGAAAGUCAUAACUGUAAUUUCUUUUAUUUUGCCCACGUAUGGGACCCGUCAGUAUGGGGAAGAUUGUGUGACCAGUCUCAUGGCCGGGUUGGGUUUUGCGAAGGAAAGCGAGACAUGCAAUUGGGACAACAAUUUGGUCUGUCUGGGGUCCAAAUGUGCUUGCAAUCCGGUCGGAUUUGUGUACCAGACUGGACUACUCGGCAUCGACGUGCUCGGUGGGGGGUGCCGAAUUCGUGCCAACUUUCCGUGUACCUUGUCUAGCACGGCGUGUGUCGUAAAUUCAAAAUGCAACACGGUCUGCCUUUGUGACACGGGGUAUCAGAUGGACAGGUUUGGAAAGUGCGUGUCUGCUGGUGGGGACGGGAUAAGUAUUAAUAUUAAUAUUCCCAGCAAUAGUAACGUUUAAUGAUAAAA